AUGUUACUUGACAGUCCCCUAAGGCGGGAAUUAGUCCACCGGCUCACCUAUCGAACAUCGGUUGAGGAGAUGAAGCGGAAGGAGAGUCACUUUGAAGGCCGAGAUGAGGAGGUGGAACUGCGUGUGAUGGCAGGAAAAGGCUCGCUCUCCUUCUGUGUCAAGGUGGCUGUUGUGGUGGUGGCCCUGGCGGCCUGCGUCGUGGCAGACAAAUCCUCUGAGGAGGUCAUUUCCCGUACUGUCUCCGUCAAGAGUCCCGAUCGAGUAUCCAGCGUCAUCUCCCACUUCACCCCGGCCGACCACAGGUACGAGGCUACCGGGAGCGUGCUAAUUGAAAAGGGAUCUGACGAGGCUCUUAGGCCGAACUUAGGAACCUAUAGCCCUCCAGCCGCCUCUGGCCCCGCUAAGCCCGCAGCACCACGAGGACCCGCUCGUCCUGCUGCCAAAGCUUCUGGAGCAGCUCUUACUCGUACGGUUAAGGUUAGGACACCCGUGAGGGUUCCAACUGUCAUAUCUCACUUUGUUCCUGCCGAUCACAGAUAUGAGGCGGAGGGAUCUGUUACUAUUGUCAAGGGAUCUGCUGCUGCCGCACGGGCCUCCUCCUCUUCAAGUAGUGCUGGUGCUGGUGCUCAAUUCACAUCUCGACCCGCGCCACCCCGUGAAGUCAAGGUAGUGCGCAAGAUUAGUAGACCAGCACAGUCUUUCUCAUCUUCUUCUUCCUCCUCCGCUGACAAAUUAGCACUGACGAGGACUGUGUCCGUCAAGACCCCAGAGAGAAUUCCCUCCGUCAUUUCUCACUUCGUCCCCGCCGACCAUAGGUAUGAGGCCACCGGCUCCGUCACCAUCCGCAAGGGAUCCCAGAGCUCCUCAAAGGUCGCCAGCAGCUCGUCUAGUAGCCAAGCUAAGUUUGUGUCUGGACCUGCCCCUGCUCCUCGCGCACGUCCUGCACCUGCUCCUGCUCCUGCACCUAAGCGCCCUAUCGCAGCUCCUCGGCGUAAAGUAACCACAAGCCAGUCGUCUUCAUCCUCCUCCGCUGCUGACAAGUUAGCACUGACAAGAACUGUCUCCGUCAAGAGCCCUGAGAGGGUGCCCUCUGUUAUUUCUCAUUUCGUACCUGCCGACCACAGAUACGAGGCUACCGGCUCAGUCACCAUCGUCAGGGGAUCUCAGGGUGCUGCAAGAGCUUCUGCAAGUGGAUCAUCUGCUUCAAAGACCCAAUCUGCGAAACGUCCUGCUGCUCCUACACCUGCUCCUGCCCCUGCUGCUCCCCGUCGGGUUGAGGUUACAAGAAAAGUCAGCAGACCAGCCCAGUCCUCAUCUUCCAGUGCUAGUGAUUUAGCUCUGACAAGGACAGUGUCUGUCAAGAGCCCGAAGAGGGUGCCGAAGGUCAUUUCUCACUUUGUCCCAGCAGAACACCAAUAUGAGGCAACUGGCUCUGUCACCAUCGUCAGGGGAUCAGAAAGCUCUUCUAGGAAGGUUUCAGGAGCAUCAUCGUCUCGUGCGGCAGCCGCUUCCACCUCCAAAGUAGCUCUUCCUUCACCCGCUCCCCCACGCGCCGCUUCCAGACCUGCCCCUCGCGUAGAAGUUGUGCGCAAAGUUAGCCAGCCUGCGAGAUCAUCAUCUGCUUCCUCCUCUAAUGCUGGUUUGGCCUUGACGAGAACAGUAUCCGUAAAGAGUCCUCAGAGGCAGUCGUCUGUCAUCUCUCACUUCCUUCCAGCAAAUCACAAAUAUGAAGCCACCGGAUCUGUCACUAUCGUUAAAGGAGGCCGCCAAUCAAGUUCCAGUCAGAGGGUAUCAAGCAGCAAUGCGUCAUUUGGUGCCGGACGAGGAUCAUCGUUCUCUGCCUUCAGUCAGGCGUCUGGAAGCGCAUCGGGACAAGCAUCAGGAAGCAGGACAGCCUCUGGACAAAGUAGUGGUGGAUCCUUUGCUGCCUCUACAUCGUCUGGCAAGACUUCUGGUAGCAAAACUUCAUUCAGUGCCUCUCAGUCAUCUUCAGGCAGGGGCCAGUCAAGCAGCGGGAGCCGCGCAUCUGGCUCAUCAGGCCAAAGCUCCAGCGGCAGAGUUUCCUUUGGUGCCAGUCAGGGUUCGUCCUCUGGUUUCUUUGGUCAAACUUCAGGAAGUGGAAGCGGAUUUUCAGGCAGUCAAAGCUCAUCUAGUUUUGCUCAAAAGGCAUCCUCUUCCAGCUCAGGCAGGCAAGAUUAUUCUUCGGCAAGGAAGCAAGCAUCAUCUUCAGGCUCUUCCAGCUCAAGCUUUGGUGCAUCGGCAUCAUCAGCAUCUGCUCAGCAGUUCCAAGCAUCAGCGUCAGCUCAGCGACAGGCACAAGCUGAAGCUCAGCGCCGGGCUCAAGCAGAAGCUCAGCGCCGUGCAGAAGCAGAAUCUCAGCGCCGAGCAGAAGCAUCUCAGCGCCGUGCAGAAGCAGAAGCUCAGCGCCGUGCAGAAGCAGAAGCUCAGCGCCGUGCCCAAUCAUCUGCUGCAGCUGCAGCUGCUGCCGCUGCACGAGACUUAUCCUCUGAAGAAUCCUACAGCUACCAACUUGCAGAAUCAUACCGAGGCGGCAGCUCAGUCAGUGCUGCUGAACUCCUUGCUGAACUUGAAAGCUUCAGAGAAGACGCAGCAAGGUCUGGAGUGAAGAUCAGCCAAACCAAACAGUCAGGAAGGGACGACGAUGGCGGCAGUGGAACAGGGCCAUACACCUUCAGCGUCAGAGUGGAGGACGACGAAUCCACCAAUUACCAGAGCCGCGACGAGUGGGUCGGGGAGGAUGGGGUGGUCUACGGCUGGUACACUGUGACCAUGCCUGAUGGUUACUCCUACAACUACACUUACACUUCCCACCCUGUCAAGGGCUACCAGGUUAAGGUGACUCGGAAGGACUCCGGCAUCGCUCUAAAGCCCGUCAAGGCCGACAUCUUUGCUCCUGCCACCGUGUUUUCUAAUCAGGGCAUCGGGAGAUUUGCUGACUUCGCCAUCUCAGGGGUCAACAACGACUUCGAGGAAGAGGACAACAUGAGCUUCGAGGAGAACGCUGCCGCCAUGUUUGCUGAUUCCUUGUCCGAGGCCCUGAAGGUCAACGGACAGUCCUCGUCUACCAGGGCCGUCGUGUCCUCUGGCCCACCCAGUCACAUCUGUGGACACAGAUUAGUCCGCGUACGUGGCUCCAAAACGCCUGGCUCUAGAACGGUGGAGGAUCUUGUGUAUGGACCGUGCACUUACAAGGGAGAAGAGGUCGGUGAGGGCUCAUCUGGCUCAGCAACACGCACCUCGGGAUCAAGCUCCAGUUCUCACUCGUUCUCUGGUUCAUCGUCUGCUGGUUCUUCAUCUUCUUCUGGUCGUAAGACAUCUGGUUCUGCCUCUAGAGCGUCAAGCCAGAGUUCUGGUUCUUCCUUCAAAGCUGCUGCCAAGGGCUCUGGAUCAUCUUUUGCCUCUGGUAGUCAGAGUGGCUCUGCCUUUCUUUCUGCCAGCCAGAGUGGUUCCAGCUCUCUCUCUGGUAGUGUGAGUGGUUCCAGCUCUAGUUCGGGUAGCCAGAGUAGUUCCUCCUCUCGAUCUGCUAGCCAGAGUAGUUCUGCCUUUGGCUCUGCUAGCCGUAGUGGUUCUGCUUCUGGUUCUGCUAGCCAGAGUGGAUCUGCCUUUGGCUCUGCUUCUGGGUCUGCUAGACAGAGUGGAUCUGCCUUUGGUUCUUCCUCUGGGUCUGCUAGCCAGAGUGGAUCUGCCUUUGGUUCUUCCUCUGGGUCUGCUAGCCAGAGUGGAUCUGCCUUUGGCUCUUCCUCUGGGUCUGCUAGACAGAGUGGAUCUGCCUUUGGUUCUUCCUCUGGGUCUGCUAGACAGAGUGGAUCUGCCUUUGGUUCUUCCUCUGGGUCUGCUAGACAGAGUGGAUCUGCCUUUGGUUCUUCCUCUGGGUCUGCUAGACAGAGUGGAUCUGCCUUUGGCUCUUCCUCUGGGUCUGCUAGACAGAGUGGAUCUGCCUUUGGCUCUUCCUCUGGGUCUGCUAGACAGAGUGGAUCUGCCUUUGGUUCUUCCUCUGGGUCUGGGGGCCAGAGUAGCUCUGCCUUCAGAUCUAGCAGCCAGAGUUCUAGCUCUUCCUUUGGCUCUGGUAGUGGUGCCGCAGGCUCUUUCGGCUCUUCUGGCUCUUCCGGGUCUUCAGGUGCUUCAGGCUCUUCAGGCACUUCAGGCUCAUCAUUCUUCCAAUCCUCAAGCUCUGCCAGUUCAUCCAGUCGUUCAGGUGGUUCAGGAUCUUCCGGUGCUCGUUUCUUCGGAUCAGGGCGUGGCUCCAGCUUUGAAGACUCGAACGAGUCUGGUUCUGGGCGUGCCUCAGCUGCAUUUGAAUUCCACAGUUCAUCUAGUCCAUCCAGCUCUGAGGAAAAGAAAGCGAGUGGCUUCUUCCACUUUGUGAAGGAAAGUUCAGAGUCAGGUUCCUCUAAGGAGCAUUCUGGUGAAGACUUCUCAAAAUUUAGGUCUAGCUCCAGUUCUUUCUCCCGCGGGUUUUCGUCUACAUCUCGUUCAGGAGGAUCAUCAGGGGGAAGUCUCACACGCACCGUUUCAGUAAAGUCUCCCGUCCGCCAGUCGAGCGUAAUCAGCCACUUUACACCUGCCGAACACGUCUAUGAUGCAACCGCUGGCGUCACGCUGGGUAGCAGCUCCUCUCGGCAAACUUCCACUAGCCAGUCCUCUACUCCUUCAAGGGCAGUGUUCGUGUCCUCUAAGACCGAUUCAUCCGCCACUGCCGCCGCCGCACGUCAGGCUGCCGAAGCCGCCCGCGCCGCUGCUGCCCGCGCCUCGAAGUUGGCUCUCACCCGCACUGUUUCUGUCAAGUCCCCUGAUAGGAAAUCCACCGUUAUCUCGCACUUCACACCUGCUGAUCACCGGUAUGAAGCUGUCGGCAGCGUCACCAUCCAAAGGAUUCUGAACACCUUCUCUUCCGUCUCUCCUGCCAGGACAUUUACAGUCAAGGCCUCUCCUGCUCCUGUCCCUAUCCCCGCCCCAGCCCCUGCCCCUGGCCCUGCCCCUGGCCCUGCCCCUGGCCGUGGAUAUGCUACUCCUUCUCGUUCCUCAUCCCCCUCCAAUCUUUCUCUCACACGUACCGUCUCCGUGAAAACCCCUGAGAGGAAGUCCAAUGUCAUCUCCUUCUUCACUCCAGCUGAUCACAAGUACGAGGCCACAGGCUCCGUCACCAUCCAAAGGUCAUCAGCCUAAGUGUCAUCAUCACCCAUUCGUUGAAUUGUCAGGUCGCCGGAGUCUUCUCCUUUGUACUUAGAUUCUUAAAGGUGUAUUAGUGUUUGUACAAUGUAUUUUAGUCGGUGUCAUUGAAAUCUUUUAUUUUUUUUCUGUCAUUCAUGACGUGCUGUGAGUAUUGCUUGGCAGUGGGCGAGCAGAGCCUUUCACUAACCCUUCAUGCCUUUACCCUAUUCUAGCCACACUUUUACCUCCAUUGACAUCUUUCCCCUUUCUUCCCUUCCCUGAGCCUGCCUGGGCCACGCGACAAGUUUGUUGUCUGUCCUCUUCGCAAUGAUGUAUUUAUCGCAUUAUUUAUUUACGAAUUCUCUAGUGAAACGAAAGAGAGCUUUUAUUUAUCGAGAAAUUUCUAAAAGAAAUACAUAAUAUUUUACUGGU